GGAAAAGCCUCAGUCGACAGGGUAGACUCGGACCGAGAGGAACAGACGAGACCGAAUCGAUUCAAAAUGGGGAGGACAUGGGAAGACAAAAGGAUCUACGGACAUCUGGUUGUCGGGUGCUUCUGGACCAUGAUGAGCCUCUGGUGGCUGGCAAAAAUCCUCCAGCGAUGGAGGAAGAUGGGCCCUGAGGGAUUUCGCAUCUCCCCGUUCUACUGCGCCGGGAAGUCUGCCAUCCCCGUCGAACCCAUCUUCAAACUUUGCAUCGGAGUCUUUUAUGGCUAUGCGGAGUAUUACGCUGGGUUGGACCCUAGCGGCAAUUUCUCCGCCACAAAGAACGCUCACCAUAUGGCGGUGUGUGCGGUACUAACCAUGAGCGGACUCGUGGACCUCGGGAUCAGGUGGAACGUGGUCGUGCCGGAACAGCUCUCCUACAUCUUCCUCAUGGCCGUCGGCCUCACCGACGGGUGGCUCAUGAGUGUUCACAACGACGUCAGCUUCGGAGAGGGGCGGCUGGGCACUGAUAUGCAUCAAGCCGCGGGGAUGGACCCGAUGAUCGGGAUACUCUUCCUGACGUGCGAGAUGCUGCAUCCUCGGAGCCUGGCGAUCGCCCUCCUCCGCCCCAUAUUCGGGCUGCACCAAGCUGCGAUGUUCGCGACCAUGAGCUUCGUCCUCUACCAGCCCUGCUGCCCCUGGGACGACCGGCACGUCCCGAUCUUCCACGCCCUCAACCUCGUCUGCUACAUGCUCACGGCGACUCUCUCCUUGACGGCGGCCGUGUUGGUGCACCGGGGAAGCCGAAAGUUGGCCUACAAGAACUGGAAAUUGCCGAGUCCUUACUAGGGAAUUCACGCCAUGUCGGGAACAAAAAAGCUGGGGAUGAUCGAAAGUUGUGUUUGUAGAGGCGGAAACGAGCGAAAUCCUCGUGAUAAUGUGAUUCGCUUGGUUUUAUUCUGUGUGAUCAUUUAUUUUGUGGCUCGAUGA